AUGCCAGGCGGCGUCUGUGCGGUUCUCGACUAUGAGACCGAUAUGAUGGCUGAGUAUGUGGCUGAGAUGACUGUACGAGUUGUCCUUCCGGAGUCCUCAGUUUCUGGUGCUUUUCGGAAAUUUGUCAACCAGAUCCUCACAUCCACCCGUCUUCCAAGCACCACCAUUCUCCUGGGGAUGAACUAUCUCGCCAAGCGAGUUAAUAUGCUCAAGCAGGCCGGCACGUUCAAGCCUACGGAAGGUCAGAUGUGGAAAAUGCUUACCACAUCGCUCUUACUGGGCAGCAAGUUCUUGGACGAUAAUACGUUCCAGAACCGUUCGUGGUCCGAUGUAAGUGGUAUUUCCGUGUUGGAGCUCAACACGAUGGAGAAUGAGUGGUUGAAGCACAUUGGUUGGUCGUUGUAUGUCAAUCUGGACCAGAGCCAAGACUACAACGCCUGGCUCAAGAACUGGAAGGAGUGGGAAGAGGGCAAAAAGUUCCACCAGCAUCAACAGCAGCAGUCCCAGAUUGCUAUGCGCGAGAGGCUGGCACCUAUCGUUACCGCCCUCCACAGAGAGCCUGCGAGACAGCACCACCCUCUCGCCUACCAAGGUUGGACCCAUGAGGAGAUCGCUGAGCACGAACGUCUCAGCAUCAACACUCGACUCCCCCACACGGGCGCGGCUGCAUUUCGCUGCAGAGAGGGUUCGUGGCAGGGCCAGUAUCCCGGAAACCCUUGGUCGCAGGCGCAGGCUCCUCUGACGCCUCCUGAUUCUGGCUACGGCACGCCCGAGUACCUCAACUCGGCUACCUCGGUGAACUCUUCAUAUGAUGAGUGGUUCUCCCAAGCUCUAGCCAACAAGUAUCGCGGACACUACAAGCCUCCCGGCCCGCCCGGUUACGGACCGCAGAACGGCCAUCAAUAUCACCAGCACUUCCCUAGCCACUACGGCCCGGGUAUGUGGGAUUCGCACGCAGCUGAAUGCAGCUGCAUCCAGUGCAUGCCCCAGCUCCACAAGACAGGAUCUUACUUCCAGCACGGUUUUAGCCAAGCCGUGCUAGGCUAG